GGCAUUUGCAUUCCUCUGGCCUUCCCUUCUCAACCUUCAACUCUCAACUUCAACGAUCCCAUGCUGCGUUCUGCAACCUCGACCAUCGGCUGCCCGUGACUCAAGUUCAGUGACCUUCAAUUACCCAGCAAAUUUAUAUCAUGGAUCAACUCCCGGAGGAUUCCUCGAUUUUCAAUCCGGAUUACCACAACAUUCGAAAUGUUGCGCCGCGACAACAACAAACCUCGUUCCCCGCGCCGAGCCAUGAGUACGGCCUCUACAAGCAACAAACGGGCAUCGUUCCUGGUGCACUGGAGGACACAUUGGCGAUGAAUCAAAGCAACACACCGUUACUUAACUACGAUUUUCCGCUCCUCAACGAGACUCUAGCGGACGAACUCUUCGACUUCAACACCGCCUCAUCACAAGUUUCGGCGACCUCACCGGAUCUGAGCCUCCUGGGCUUAUCAUCCAUAUCUGAUCCGAAUUUCCUGCUUGGGACGACAAUCGAUCCCAAUUUCAUCGGCGGCCAGGAACCGGACACCCUGACCCCGCCCCCUCCUCCGCCCGCACUCACGAGCAACAUCGGCCACCUACGUCCAGGGAUGCACAGCCAGGCCGCGAUGGCCAGGAGAGCAGAGCAGCAGCAGGCUCUCACACAGCAACAGAUGCUAGCACAACAGCAGCAGCAACUAGCACAGCAGCAGCAGCAGCAGAUGCUAGCACAGCAAGGGGCACAGUCACGAAGCGCCUCGUUGGCCCCUCCCACACCCGAAAGCGACACCGAGCAGAAGAUCAAUCGGGUGAUUGGCGUUACACAUUGCGAGCCGCCGAAAGUCGAGCCGAUAACGACCGUACCGCUUGAUUUGCCGAAGCUGAAGAAGGACUUUGAAGAGAUGGACGACGACGAGAAGCUUCUGGCGAGCGAAUCCGGGAAGCAGCUACCGACUGGGAGUAGGCGUCGUAUCCGAAACAAGGUCUCGGCGCGUCACUUCCGUGAGCGGAGGAAGAAAUACAUGGAGGCCUUAGAGCAGGAGCUCAUCAAGCAGGCGAACGAGAACGCGCUGCACAAGGCGAAGAUCCAGGCCAUCGAAGAUGAGAACAAGCGGAUGACGAGCUUUAUUAAGAUGCUCCUCUCUUCGCCUCACUUCUCCGGGAUGCUGAAUGAUCUGAGCAACAACCCGGAACAGAUCUUGCAUAUGGGGCCCCCACCAAUGCAUCCGGCACAGCAACAGAUGCCGAACGGGCAGCAACCGAUCCGGCAAAUGAUGCCACCCCCACGUCCACAACAACAGCAGAUGUUCAGCGGGUAGUUGAUAUGGAGGCGAGCGGGUCCAACCAGGACCGCAAUACAUUACAAGAUGCACAGCAGGCCACUGCGGUGCAGCUGUCGGCGCAUCGAGUACCAGCAAUCAUUCGGCGGUUUCAUUUUUUUGUCAUUGAUUGGGUAGAUGAGUGAUUGGGUUGGGUUGUUUGGGUCGACCUUGACGGGAUGGGUUUACUGUGUUGCAUUGGCUAUGGAGUAUCAGUUUCAUGGGCGGUAUUAAUACUCAGCGGAGUAUCACUUUCUCAAGGGUUUGAGAAAAGCUCGGAGCGGAAUUGUUGUCAGCGGAUAUGGCUUUGUUAAAGGCAUUGGAGCUUCUUGUACUUAGAUUAGAAAGGCAGCCGAGGGAGCAUCACAUCUUCCUCGAGCAAAUGCUGUUCCACUC